AUGGCGUCUUGCGCAGUAUUUUUGAUGGCCGAUAUUCCUGCAGAUGUGGGCCGUUCCUUCUGUUCUCAGUUCUUCUGCGCUAAUCACUUGAUUGAAAAGAUCCUUGACCUCUUCAUCGAAUCAAACGAAGAAUAUGUGAAGGAGGAGUAUGCUGACAUGUCGCCAGAAGUGUCAUUUUAUUUCAUGUCCUCCGACGACGUCAACUCCCUGCGGGAGGCAUCUCGGCCUAUGGAAGCUUUCGCCUCCCCCUUCCUCGGAAAAACUCUUCAAGAGCUUUAUGAGUGGUUUGACCUCAACAUCACGCAGCAGGACCCUUGCGAUGGAGACCUCUUCCUGGAAUCUUUCUUGGUGCUCGACGAGCGUAGCGUGCAAGACCAUACAUGUCUAUUCGUUUCCACUCAAAACGGCUCGCCUCAAUCCAUCCGAUGCGAUUUCUAUGUCCCAUUCGACAACGCAACGCAAUGCUCCGUGAAGGAGAACAUUGAACGUGGCAUCAUGGGGCGCUUUAUGAGAAGCGGACGGGUCAUGACCUGGCACGGUUUGCACAUGGCUAUGCAUGGCGGGUUGUACAUCGAAGGGGGAGAAGUUAAGGAGGACGAGGAGUGGAAGGAGUUCCUCGAGAACUGA